AUGCCCGCCGCUUGGAAAGUGCUCUUCGCCGCCUUUUGCCUCAUCUCAACGGCGGUGGCCGUUCGGGACAGAAGGCAAAAUGGCGAAGAUUCGAAUGAGAAUUCUGUGGGGGACAAACCGUGGGAAAAUCCCGACCACCCGGACUAUAUUGCUGCAAGUUGGAAUUAUACAGACCAUAAACUGGCAGAGACUGUGGAGCAAAUGAUGAAGAGGUUAAUGCCGACUGUCAUCAGAAGCAGUUCCAGCGUCGAACUGUCCGGCCCGUGCAUGGCGGCGCUGUUCAAAAUGAUGCUUGGAAUCCGGCAAGGAAAACUCUGGGCAAAUAGAAUCGUGGAUGCCUGGGGAAAACCUGGUGCUGGUAUGUUGGUGGGGAACCUCGGCCACGUAGGAGACUACGACGAAUGCGUGGACACCGUCAUUCCGGACCUCAAGGAUCUCGAUGGCAAUCAUCAGGUGGGGAAGUACUGCCUGGCCACCUUCGUGCCACUCCUGCCCAAGAAACCCAUCAUGUACACGCUCUUCCACCAGGUUCCAGAGCUGAUCAACAUUACCAAGAAGAACACGAGCUUUGCUGAGACAGCGAGAAAUGCUCACUGGCUGUAUUUCUUAGAGCUGAGGAUGGGAGUUUGUAUGCCGAGCGUCUGCACGGAGAACGAUGUCUACAACAUAAUGGAACAAAUCCCAAAGCAUGCUCAAGUUAAAGGCACAACGAAGAUCGUUAACUGUGAAACGAAGCAGUACUUCAAGCCAAACAACGACCAAAUUGCUGUCAUCGCUGUUUGCGGAGUAGUGGGACUUUUCCUACUCCUCGGAACUGCCAUCGAUGUAAUCACAGUACUGAAGCAAGGAGACAAUCCGGAACCUUUAUCAAUCACCGAAAAGGGAUACUACAAGUUCCUCGUGUGCUUCUCGGUGUACACGAAUUACCUGAAGCUCAUCAACGUGAAGACCAAGGAAGAGAACAAACACUUGAGCGCCGUCAACGGGAUGCGUUUCAUUACGGUCACGUGGGUCAUCGUCGGACAUUCCUACCUCUACGCAGACUACAACCUCAUGAUGCAAGCCAACAGACUGUCUCUUCUACCCCCUGAUUUCUGGUUUCAAGUGGUUGCUAAUUCCAUGUUAACGGUCGACACCUUUAUUCUCAUGAGUGGCAUGUUGGUGACUUAUGGGGUGGUCAAAUCUCAAGAAAAGAGGAAAGGACUAAAUGUAUUCAUGUACAUAUUUCACAGAUUUUGGAGGCUGACUCCUCCGUAUGCAAUGACCAUCGCUUUUCUGUUGGCCAGCCCCAUCCUUGGCUCUGGUCCGGUCUGGAAAAUUACCCUGGAGCCCUUCAUCACCAAUUGCAAGGCUAAUUGGUGGACCAACCUCCUCUACGUCAACAAUUACGUCAACACUUAUGAUUUUUGCUUGGAGCAUACGUGGUAUCUUGGUGUGGACAUGCAAUUGCACAUCCUGGCACUUUUCGUUCUUCUACCUCUUAUCAGGUGGCCCAAGCUUGGCGCUGUAGUUGGCAUCAUUCUCGCAGUUGGUUUCUCUGCUGUGGCAGCUAUUGUCAACUUGAUCCACGAUCUGCCUCCAAGUCCUCUUGGACUCUUCCCAGAUCCAGAUGAUCGUGUCUACGUAGAAGUUCCCAACUACUUCAAACCCUAUGGUCACGUGGGGCCAUACAUGGUUGGCAUGCUGCUCGGAUACAUCCUAGUGAAGAAACCGAAAAUAGUCAUCCCCAGAACUUUGAGGGUGAGUGGAUGGUUGUUCUUUGCUACUCUGCAACUGGUGGACCUUUAUGGAGCUUACCCUUGGAACAACAAUAGCAUUCCUGGACCCACCGUGUCCGCUCUGUACGCUGGAACUUCGAAGACUGUUUGGGCGCUUGGAAUCGCAUGGGUGCUGUUCGUUUGCUGCACAGGAAACGGAGGCGUGGUGAACGACAUCUUGUCUUGGAAGGCUUGGAUACCGAUGGCUCGUCUGUCUUACAUGUUCUAUCUCAUCCAUCCCAUAGUCAUCUGGGUCCAUGAAGCCAUGGGACACAGCAGGAUGUAUACAAGCCACUACUUCUGGGUAUACAACAUAUUAGGACACUACAUGGUAUCCAUGGUGCUAGCUUUGAUAAUGAGCCUGUCGUUUGAGGCACCCUUCCUCGCCAUGGAGAAGAUCAUUUUUGGAGGGGGGUCCAGGGAAGACGGGGACCGCCCGUCUGGAACUCCUCCCCCCAAAAAAGUGCCAGAACUCCCAGCCUACGACUCGGAGAUGAGGUCCUCUCGCACCUUUGCUGUACCCAAGCACGGACACAGCAAUGGAGGAUACAGGAAUGGGGGAGACGGGCUUUACAAAGCCACUAAUGGACAGUACAGAGGUGGAACAGACAAUGGAGCCUUCUGUAGGCUAUAA